AUGUCGCUAAAAUCAACAAUAAUCUUUUGGAAUGAUUCGCCUCCUUCGUUUCGAUAUACUUGCGCGAGCAUCAUAAAAGACAAACUAGUGACCGGAACCAGUACAGGUAUCUGUGUGUUAUGGAAUUUCGAUCAAGAUAGAUACAUUCCCUUCUCUCUCAUGUAUGGACAUCAAACAAAGGUUACUGAUUUAUGUGAGUGCAGCUACGAUAGCGCUUCAAGCAACAGCAACAACAACAGUAUUGUCAGCAGCAACAAUAAUGGGUUGAGCCCUGGUACUACCACCAGACAGCCAUCAUCUCCGCUAUUAAAUUCUUCGUCUUCGCCACCAUCAAACUAUCCAUAUGGUUUUGAUAAUAAUAAUUGUUGUUGUAGCAUUAGUUUAGACGGUACAGUCUGUGUUUGGAAUUUAUACGAUGGUAGAUGUAUGGCUCUAUCACCAAAUUUGUUGUUUGAUGCUGUUCCUCAAUGUAUUUGUAAUCUCAACAAGUACAGUAAUUACAAUUCAAGUAUCGUUGCAAUUAGUGGCAAACACAACAUGAUUUAUUUGUUAGAUUUGAAUCGAUUGAAAAUUAUUCGAGUUUUGGAAGGACAUACCGAAUGGAUUGCUUCUCUUUCAUCAGGUCCUUUUAUUCUUUCGGACGAUACCAAAUCAAAUAGAAUCAAAUCAGUCAUGUUGAGUGUAGGAGAUGAUCACUCAUUGAAAUAUUGGUCUUUUGAACUCGAUGAAAAAUCUCAUGCCAUCAAAAAUGAAGAGCCUUUGUUUAGUAUUCAAACUCCAAUGGCAAACCAACCCAAUAACCAACAAUUUAAACCCGUUAUGGUUGCUAACAAUUAUUAUUGGUCAUUGAUUGCUGUGAUUUAUAACAAGAUUGUUUAUAUUUACACAUUCCAUUCCAUUCAACCUAUUUUUACCAUUACAUUGCAACAAACUUUGGAAUCUUUUUCCAUUUCUGACAACCCUUCUUCUCUUCCAACAAAGAAUGAAAAGUUUAAAGGAGGAAUAUUUAUUGCUAAAGAUCUGUUGUUGCUUCAUACCAGUAAGGGCAAUGCCUACAUUUAUAAGAUUCCUACAACAGGUAGACAACAACGUGUCAAGUCCAUAAUGGAUGAUAUGCUACAAUUUUAUUCAACAGCUGAUACCAGGAAAAUGAAUACAGUUCAAAGCGAAAAUAGUGAUGGUUUCAUGUACAUGGGAGAUGAAGAAGCUAAUAUGAACAAUGAUGAAAACUCUACAUUUGUGAGUGAAUCAAAUGUAGGAGACAAUAGCGAGUUCAAUCAGAAAGAAGUUAGUGUUGUUGAUGAAAUCAAGUCUGAAAAGAUGGAAACACGCUCCACAGCAGAAUCUGAAACCACUGAUAACUCUCGAUCAAAGAGAGUCAAAAAUUUACAAUUAAUUGUUCCAGAAAGAACAGCCAUACCACAAUCAAAGAGCAAUACCUCUCUAAACGAUGCCUCUCCUGAGACACCAUCAACCUCAGAUAUUGACCUUUCAACAAAUGAUCUCACGUCCAUUGGCGCAGCCAUUGAAAGAGCGUUUUCUACAUCAAUCAUGGACGCUUUACAAAUAUCCUCUUCACCAUCCACACCUAAUUUUGAUAGACUUUUGCAACAAAAAGAACAACCAAAGAUUAUCAGCACUAUUGACGGAUGCAUUUCAGAAAAUGACCCUUAUGGCGAUUUUGUUUGGCAAUAUGAUCCAAUUAGUCGAAUUCUUUUGCGUGUGAACAAUGGAAUUAUUAGAGCGUGGAAAGUAUCCAUCUCAGCUUCAACAUCUUUUGUUGAAAUUACACUAUUAUCUGAUGAUAAUGUACUUGCAAAAGGGUGGGGUCAAGAAAAUCCACAUGAAAGUGUUUGCCCAACUGUAAAGUCUCCAAUUAGUGUCUCUCAUUUUGCUGUAGAGAGAAUUUCACCCUGCCUCAUUCGUGGGUACUACAAUGGAGAUAUUCACAUUCAAUACAUUACCAUGAACGGCCAAGGAAAUAAUGUCGCAAAAGAGCUAUAUAUUCCAAAAGCACACAAAAAACGUGUAACAACUCUCCUAGUUAUGAGUGAUGAUGAUAAUAACCCACUUCUCGUAUCUGGAAGCGCUGAUUAUAGCAUCAAAGUAUGGCAGUUGGAUUCCACCGACUUGGAAUAUCACAAAUUAUUAAGAGUAUUCAAUUACCAUUCAGGAAAGGUUGAUCUUUUAUUUGUUCCUCCAAGAACGAUUCGUAGAAAAUUACAAAAUUGUUUCUGCUCACUCUCUGAUGAUGACCACAGUGUUAUUUUGUACAGCAUCAAGACCUUAGAUGUUAUCCAUAUAUUGGGAGGCCAUGGAAGUACUGUAGUAGCCAUUUACUGGAGAAGCGAUUUAGAUUAUUUAUUAGUUCAAUGCAGCGAUGGCUCAGUUUGUGUUUGGAGCAUAAGUACUGGACUUUUAGAGCGUAGAGUUGUUGGCUAUGUUGCCAAGUCUCUCAUCAAAACUAGUGAACAAUCAAGUAUGAUCAGUGGUAGUUUCAAUCAAUCGGAUGCAGGUGCAUCCUCUGUCUCUGGCGGAUUAAGCUCUUCAUCAGGAGGAAUUGUUAAGUUAUCCUUUUCGAAGCAAUCAGCGACAUCAGAGGCCUAUAACAAAUCGAAAGGAUUUAUUGAGUCUAUAUCUUUGCAAGUGAAUCAACAAACUCCAGAUAUUCAAUUACUUACCAUCAGUAUUAGAAAACUUGUUACCUUUAUUAACACAAAGAAAGAUUUACUUUUGAAAUAUUUUAGUGAUGGACCAAUGGAGUCUUCCAUUGAUGACGAUGAGUCAGAGACAAAAUUGAACGAUAGGAACAUGUCAGGCUUGCUGUGUUCUCUAUCUUAUAUUUUACAAUAUGGUAAUGAUCCAUCUAUUGUUCAACUUAGACAAGAGAUUGACAUUGCUAUGAAGAAAAUUCAAAAAGCUCGCACAAGAGACCAAACUAAGACUCAAGAUUUACAAAUGGAACCAAUGAUCAAUUUAUUACCUUUUCCAAAAGGGUUUAUUGGUUUAAAGGGAGCAGGGGAGUGUUAUUCUCUAAUUGUACCAGAGAUGAGUAGUCGAUGCCAUCCUUUCAUUUUCUCUCCAGUUCUUUCAUCCAUCUAUUUGAUUGGUACUGUAGCUGUUUUGAACGCUAUUGCCAAUAACCUUCCUGCAAGUUUUAAAUUCCAAAAGGUUUGCAAUGAUUGCAUUUCCUAUUAUUUGAAUCAAAUUCAUACAGGAUUUGACAAUUUCCAUGAACCUUCAUUCUUGUGGUGUGCUCAAUUCUUGAAAGAUCCAUCUAAGGAUAUUCAACAAGCUGCCAGAUCCGUCAUGUACAGUGUUUUACAACGCAUGGAAGGUGUUCAACACAAAUUAUUGGCUGAAAAAUUGGCGAACAUGCUCAUUGAAAGUUCCAACAAGAUGACAUCUUCUGGUAACAAACAAAUUAAUGCUCAAAGACAAAACGUUGUGGUUGCAUUGGCUUUACUUGCCUAUAGAGCACCAAGAGCUGUCGAUGGAAGAAUUGCAACCAUUACUGCUAUGGAGUUGAUUGAUAUCUUGGAAAAGGGUGGACCUCAACAUAGUACUGCAAUUACUUUGUUGGGAGAUGGUUAUUCUAUUUGGAAAUACUACAUUCCAGAUGCCAUGGGUUUCUGUCGACAACUUUUUCAAUUAUCUCUUCCAGCAUUAACAUCACAAGCACCUUCCAACUCGAACACGGAAGUGAGUCAACUCUCUGUCGAUUCAUUACAAGCAUUUGUCAAUAUGGCAAGCGCAGAUACUCGACUUUAUAUUGAUUUCAUUAACAAUAUUAUUUCAAAUGCUCAACAAACCAGUACAACCACUCUCAAUGCAUCUAUUAGCUCACUCUAUCCUGUCAUGCAAAGACAUCCCAAAUGUUUAAUGGAUCAUUUGGUAGUACUAACUUCACUGCUUCUCAAAGUUUUAGAUCCACACUUCCCUGCCAUUCGAGAUGUGUGUAUGGCAAAUUCUACAAAUAUUUUACGUUUCAUGGUUGAGAUUUAUCCAAUGGUAUCUUUCCAUCAAGAAAAACAAAAACUUGCGAUUGGAGCAACAGAUGGAACUGUUGUAAUUUAUGAUAUGCGUACUGCAAGCAAAUGGCAGUUAUUUGAAGCUCACACCAAAUCUCCUGUUCAUGCAUUAAGUUUCUCACCAAAUGGUCAACUUUUAUGUACAUUCAGUGCUGUUGAAAAAACAUGUAAAGUAUGGAAUACAGAUGGUGGUAGUGGAGGUGCAAUUUUACAACUCCUUGGAGUGAGCAAUAGAAAUGUCAAAACCUUUACCAUUGAUUCCAUGUAUGUGAAAAAUCAACUCAAACCAAUGGAAAUUCUCAAGUUUGUGAGAUUUGAAUGGGACAACAACAAGACAUUCUCGUUGAAACCAGGAAAGAAUUUGAAUAAGGUUUCCUUCAGAUUGUAA